UGUAUAAUGAGCAUAUAUGAGGACAGCCAAACCACGCAUCUAAUCAUAUAUUCUCCAUAUAUCACCUCCCUCCCCAAAGAAAACGAAAACCAUCCUCCUCCGGCCGUGGACGUGAUCAAAGAUGGUCUCCGACAUGUCUCCGAACAGAUCAAGAACGGUGUGUGUGAUCGGAGCCGGACCGUCGGGGCUCGUCUCGGCGAGAGAGCUAAGGAAAGAAGGGCACAAGGUGGUGGUCAUGGAGCAAAGCCACGACGUCGGAGGGCAAUGGCUGUAUAACCCUAGCGUCGAAGAAGAAGACCCUUUAGGGAGGUCCAUCGACGAAAACGAUCCUUUCCUCAAAGUCCACAGCAGUGUCUACUCUUCUCUGAGGCUCACGUCUCCGAGAGAGAUAAUGGGUUAUUCCGAUUUUCCGUUUUUGGUGAAGAAAGGGAGAGAUAUGAGGAGAUUUCCGGGGCAUAAGGAGCUUUGGCGGUAUCUGAGGGAUUUUUGCGAGUUUUUUGGGUUAAGGGAUCUGAUUAGGUUUAACGUGAGGGUUGAUUACGUGGGGAUUGCCAAUGAUGGUUUGGUUUUGGGGGAUGAGGACAGGAGAUGGGUUGUGAGGUGUAGAGACAAGUUUAGUGGCAAGGUUUCGGAAGAGGUUUUUGACGCUGUUGUUGUUGCCACCGGCCAUUACUCUUACCCUAGACUCCCCUCCAUCAAGGGAAUGGAUUCGUGGAAGAGGAAGCAACUUCAUAGCCACGUCUAUAGGAAACCGGAGCCAUUUCGUAACGAGGUGGUGGUGGUGGUUGGGAGCUCAUUGAGUGGGCAAGACAUAUCAAUGGAGCUUGUGGGAGUGGCAAAGGAGGUUCACCUAAGCGCCAAAUCCCUCGACAUAACUCAAGGCUUAUCCAAAGUCAUUUCCAAGCACCACAACCUCCAUCUUCAUCCACAGAUUGAAUCUCUCGAGGGCGAUGGACGAGUCGUGUUCGUGGAUGGAUCUUGGACCGUAGCGGAUACUAUUUUAUAUUGCACCGGGUAUUCGUACAAAUUCCCGUUCCUUGAUACGAAAGGAAGAGUGGGAGUGGAUGAUGAUAGAGUGGGACCUCUCUUCGAACACACUUUCCCUCCGUCGCUCGCCCCUUCUCUCUCCUUUGUCGGAAUCCCCCGAAAGUUGAUAGGAUUUCCGUUUUUCGAGGCGCAAGCGAAAUGGGUGGCGCAAGUGCUGUCCGGCAAAAGGUCGCUCCCUUCGAGAGCCCAAAUGAUGGAAUCCAUCGUCGAGUUCUAUCGCUCGUUGGAUUCCAAAGGCGUCCCCAAACACAACACCCACGACAUCGCCGACUUCACGUAUUGUGAUAAGUAUGCGGACUACGUGGGGUUUCAACAUCUGGAGGAAUGGAGGAAGCAGCUGUGUCUGUCGGCGUUGGAGAAUUCGUUGGAGAAUCUGGAAACUUACAAAGAUUCUUGGGAUGACGAUGAACUCGUCCAAGAAGCUCUUCGAAGCCCUCAUUUCACACAGCUCAACCACAUCCACAACUGAUGAUGAUGAUCCCUUUUAUUAUAUCCGUCAAAGCUAUAUUUCACUUUUGGUGGACUCGUGUUUUUUCUUUUUUAUAUAUAUGGAAUUGUUCUAAGUUAAUACAAGAUACAUAAACCCCAAUGGGUCAGUUUUUGUUUUGUGGAUCUAUACA